GAGUCGAAGCGGCGGUACGUCAACUUCACCGGCUUCCCGUUCCCCCUCGUCCCGUUCCUCUCCCGUCGCACCGUCGUGAACGAGGUCGUCAAGGGCAAGGUGUGGACGCUGGAGCAGGAGCAGGGCAUAGGGUUCGACCUCGGCGUCUCCACGAACGUCCGAUGCACGAUCGUCAAGAUGAGGGACGGGAGGCUCUGGGUACACGAUCCGAUCGCGCCGACGGGAGAGUGCGUCGAGGCGAUCGAGGCGAUCGGCGGGGACGUCGCGUACGUGGUGCUGGCGACGACGCAGUACGAGCACAAGAUCUUCGCGGGUCCGUUCGCGCGCAAGUUCCCCGACGCGGAGGUUUGGAUCGCGCCGGGGCAGUUUUCGUUUCCCGUCCAGCUCCCGCCCCAGUUCUUCGGCAUCUUCCCCACCGGAACCAUCGCGGACGAAAACAUGCCGUGGGCGAAAGAGAUCGACACGAAGCUCCUGAGGCUUCCGUCGCUGUUCUGGGGCAACUACACCUACUGCGAAGCGGGGUUUUACCACAAAGACUCGAAAAGCGUGUUGGUCACCGACGCCGCGGUGUACGUGGACGACGCACCCCCCGAGGUGAUACCGAGACCCUCGCUCGUCGACCUCGGCGCCCCCGACGGGUUCACCAUCUCCCUCCUCCGCGCGUUGGACUUUCGCGGCGGUCGCACGCUGCCCGGCGCGGACGCCACGAGGGCGGAUCCCGACGGCUGCGCGAAAGUAGGUUGGAAGCGGAUGGCGCUCUUCUCGCUGUUCAUCGCGCCCGACGCCAAGAACAUCUUGCAACCGGAAGCGUCCUUCGCCGGGCUCGCGGGUAAGUUCGUGGUGUCGCCGAUCGUGUACGUGAUCGUGUUUCAACAUUACAGAAAAGAGGUGCUGACGUGGGUCAACGCGAUCGGGAGGGACUGGGGAGGCGCGGACAGGGUCAUCGGCGCUCACUUU